AUGGACUACGAAGCCCUGAAAGAGCAAUGGAGCGACAUCGAGGACAAGGAUGGCAUCAGAUUGAGUUGGAACACCUUCCCCUCGUCGCGCAUGGAAGCCUCGAGAUUGGUCGUCCCCAUCGGAGCUCUCUACACACCACUCAAGGAGAAGACCGACACGCCGCUGCUUCAGUAUGAGCCCGUUUCUUGCAAACAGCCCUGUCGCGCUGUCUUGAAUCCCUUCUGCCAAGUCGACAUGCGCGCCAGGAUAUGGAUCUGCCCCUUCUGUCUGCAACGCAAUGGUCUGCCACCUCACUACAAGGACAUCUCCGAGAACGCCAUUCCUCCAGAGCUGCACCCCUCGAGCACCACAAUCGAGUACAGACUCGCCAGACCCGCCCCCGUUCCCCCGAUCUUCGUCUUUGUCGUCGACACAUGUCAAGAGGAGGAUAGUUUGAAGGCCCUCAAAGACUCGAUCAUCAUGUCGCUCAGCCUGCUACCUCCCAACGCCCUGGUUGGUCUGAUCACCUAUGGAACCAUGGCUCAGGUCCACGAGCUUGGCUACACUGAGUGCGCAAAGUCUUAUGUCUUCCGCGGAUCCAAGGAAUACACUGGCAAGCAGGUCCAGGAGAUGCUCGGUCUGAUGACUGGUGGUGGCGCAAGACCUGGCAUGCCCGCCAUGCAGCCCCAGCCCGGCCGUCCCGCUCCCACUGCUCCCAUGGGCGCUGCCGCAAGAUUCUUGUUGCCCGUUCAGCAGUGCGAGUUCCAGCUCACAAACGCCCUCGAGUCUCUGCAAAGGGACCCUUGGCCUGUCGCUAACGACAAGCGUCCCUUGAGAUGUACCGGUGUCGCCUUGAGUGUCGCAACUGGUCUUCUCGAGACUUCGUUCCAGAACGCCGGCGGUCGCAUCAUGCUCUUCACUGGAGGUGCCGCUACCGAGGGUCCCGGUAUGGUUGUCGGUCCCGAACUCAAGGAGCCCAUCCGUUCCCACCACGACAUUGACAAGGACAACAUCAAGUACUACAAGAAGGCCCUCAAGUUCUACGAAACUUUGGCCAAGAGAACUGCUCACAACGGCCACAUCAUCGACAUCUUUGCCGGAUGUCUGGACCAGGUUGGUCUCCUGGAGAUGAGAAGUCUGGCAAACUCGACUGGUGGCCACAUGAUCUUGACCGACAGCUUCACAUCUUCCAUGUACAAGCAGUCGUUCGCUCGUAUCUUCGACAAGGACGCCAACGACAACCUUCUGAUGGGCUUCAACGCUUCCCUCGAGGUCUUGACCACAAAGGAGCUCAAGGUCACUGGUUUGAUAGGACAUGCCGUGUCCAUGAACAAGAAGUCGGCCAACGUUGGUGAGACCGAAUGUGGCAUCGGUAACACUUGCUCGUGGAAGAUGUGCGGCAUCAAUCCCAGCUCGAGUUACGGUAUCUACUUCGAGAUCGCUGGCCAAGGCGGUCCUUCAAACGUGCAACAAGGACCUCAGAAGGGUCUUAUGCAAUUCCUCACAUACUACCAGCACUCUUCUGGCCAGUUCCACCUGCGUGUCACCACUGUUGGUCGCAACAUGAGCGGUCCCUCAGGCGACCCGGCCAUCGCUCAAUCAUUCGAUCAGGAAGCCGCUGCAGUCCUCAUGUCUCGCAUUGCAGUCUUCAAGGCCGAGGUCGACGAUGGUCCGGAUGUGCUCCGCUGGGUUGAUCGCAUGCUUAUCAGGUUGUGCUCUCGCUUCGCAGAGUACCGCAAGGACGACCCGUCAUCUUUCCGCCUCGAGAAGAACUUCACCCUCUACCCGCAGUUCAUGUUCCACUUGCGUCGUUCGCAGUUCUUGCAAGUCUUCAACAACUCGCCAGAUGAGACCGCUUUCUACAGACACGUUCUCAACCACGAGGAUGUGUCAAACAGUUUGGUCAUGAUUCAGCCCACUCUUGACAGCUACAGCUUCGAGCAUGAGGGCAGUCAACCCGUCUUGCUCGAUUCUACCAGUAUUCAGGACCAGACUAUUCUUCUUCUUGAUACCUUCUUCCACAUCCUCAUCUUCCACGGUGAGACUAUGGCACAAUGGCGCAAGGCCGGGUACCAAGACCAAGAAGGCUACGAGAACUUCAGAGAGAUGCUCGAGGCGCCCAAGGAGGACGCCAAGGAACUCAUCCAAGACCGUUUCCCUCUGCCUCGUUUCAUCGUCUGCGACGCAGGUGGUUCGCAAGCACGUUUCCUUCUCUCCAAGCUCAACCCCUCGACAACACAUACCACUGGCGCAUACGGUGGCGUCAGCCAGACCGCUCAAACCAUCUUCACCGACGAUGUGUCACUACAGACCUUUAUGGACCAUUUGAUGAAGUUGGCCGUCAGCGGCAACAGCUAG